CUCAAAAUUUGCCUCGACUUCUGAACGGAAAUAAAGGAAAGGGCGGGACAAAUCGUAACAAAACAGUGAAGCGAGAAGCGGCGGUGCGUCUCCCGGUAACAAGUCUUUGCUCCGCCCCUUUCCUCUCCCCCCUCCUCUACCGGGAAGGGAGGCAGCAGCUCAUUCCAUCAAGACUGAUGCAUGUUUCUUCCAUUACUUUAAUCUGGCUGAGAACCUGGAUAACUAUGGCGCAGCUCCAACAGAGUGGUCCUGAUGAAAAAGAGAAGACUACAGCAUUAAAGGAUUUGUUGUCUAGAAUAGACUUGGAUGAACUGAUGAAAAAAGAUGAGCCACCUCUUGAGUUUCCUGAUACUCUUGAAGGAUUUGAAUAUGCUUUUAAUGAAAAGGGGCAACUGAGACAUAUAAAAACUGGAGAGCCAUUUGUUUUUAACUAUCGUGAAGAUUUGCAUAGGUGGAAUCAAAAGCGUUAUGAAGCACUUGGAGAGAUCAUCACUAAAUAUGUUUAUGAACUACUGGAAGAAGAAUGCCAUUUGAAAAAAGUAUAUGUCCCAGUUGAUGCAGUGGAAAGUGAGCCCAGGAGUUUUAUCUUUAUGAGUGAGGAUGCAAUGACAAAUCCUGACAAACUGAUGGUUUUAAUUCAUGGUAGUGGUGUUGUCAGAGCAGGGCAGUGGGCCAGAAGACUUAUUAUUAAUGAAGAUCUGAACAGUGGCACUCAGAUUCCAUACAUUAAAAGAGCUAUCGAGGAAGGCUAUGGAGUAAUAGUACUGAAUCCAAAUGAAAACUAUAUUGAGGUUGAAAAGGCAAAAGCCCAAAUACAGCUGUCUCCUGAUAGAUCAGAUGAACCUGCAGAAAAGAGAGAGAGGAAAGAAAAAAUCCAAAAAGAUACAAAGAAGCGACGGGACUUUUAUGAGAAGUAUCGGAAUCCACAAAAAGAAAAGGAAACUGUGCACUUGUAUAUUAGAGAAAAUGGCUCUCCAGAAGAACAUGCUGUUUAUGUAUGGGACCACUUUAUCACCCGAUCAGCAGCUGAAAAUGUAUUUUUUGUUGCUCAUAGUUACGGCGGACUUGCAUUUGUGGAACUGAUGAUCCAGCGAGAAGCAGAAGUAAAAACUAAAGUUACUGCUGUGGCAUUGACAGACUCCAUUCACAAUGUAUGGCAUCAAGAAGCUGGCAAAACAAUUCGAGAGUGGAUGCGAGAGAACUGCUGUAAUUGGGUAUCAAGUUCAGAACCUCUGGAUACUUCAGUAGAGUCCAUGUUACCUGACUGCCCACGAGUUUCUGCAGAUUAGGGAGCCCUUCAAAAGAGGGAGAGAAGGGACAUAGGGAGAAAAUGACUGCCUCACCACCUUUUCACUUUGUGAGGUUCCAGCAAUAUAUUUCCUGAAUAUGUUUGAACACUGUAGUCUACUGCUGAAGUCACUUUGCAAAGUAAUACAUAGCUAGUCAAACAAGGCUUUGUUUUAAUUACAAUUUAAAUUUUAAAGGCCUUUGAAAAUAACAUGAGAAUGAAAGAGAAAAUAGCAGUCUGAGGCUAGAUUUGAAGAUGUGUGGUGAAAAAAAAAUACAAGGAUUUUUCAAGCAGUGACACUAAGAAUAGUAUUUGGAAAGUCUUUUCUUUUGAGACUAUCUUGCGAUUAACUAAAGGAGUACUACAUCAAAGCUACACUGACUUCAAAGCUCAGCACCACUUACAGCUUACAGCUAUUACUAAAAUCUACCACUUCACCCUGCCAACAUCUCAUCUUAGCAGCUUCCCUAAGUUAUACCCAUCUACUUCCUUUCUUCUGUUUUGAGGGAGAAAAUAGUAAAGAUACUAUUUGAAUUUAAUAUUAUUUCAAGCAUUCAUAUAGCUUCAAAUACAAGAUGCUAGCAACAGAAGGUAGAUUUUUAUACAUUAAAAUUGAGGUCAAUUUUUUGGGAUUUAAAUAUUUUCAAUUUCAUCUGUCUGUUCUAAUGAAGCAUCCUAUGAUAAAUGUCAGGGCAGCAUUCAACUGCAAGCUAGUCCUCAACUGACACGAUCUGUUUGCCUUUGAUAGACAAUGUCCUUUAUUAAAUAAAUUGCUAAAGAACUUGUACUUGCAGCAGAGUCCAUUCCAGUAAACCUUGAAAAAAAUGAUUUAAAACAAUUAGUAAUUUGAUAAAAGAAUUGAAUGCCACUGGGGCACAGUAUUGUUCUCGCCUACAAAGACUUUAAAACAGAACAUUUCAAAAAUUUGCUCCAUAAAAUUGUUAUGGAAGUUUUCCAAAGUAACUGAUUUUGAAAGAGAUGUGGUAAUAUAUAUUAUCUCUGUGCUAAUCUUACAGUGCACUUAAUCACUGCUAAUAACUUGUUGCUAUGUUUUUCAUCUUAAUUAAAUUAAAAAUAGAAAUACAGAAAUAUUGAAUAAUGCUAUCAAUAGAUUACUGCUUUUUUAACUAAUUGUCUGAAUUUUAUACAAUUCAAUUGAUCGGUUAAAUACAUUUAUAUUUUUCAAAAUCUUAAUGAAAGGACCUUAUAUAGAUGCCUGAAGGAAGAAGACUCUUUUCUUCAGUGUAAAAUAGCUUAGAAAUUCAUAGUCUGAUGGCUGUGGGUGUAGGCUGGAAAGUGAAGCAGGCAUUAAGCUUAUUGUUCAUCAAAUAUGGCAUAAAGAGGAUGAAGUUGACACAUCUAUGUGACCUGCAUAGGAACAGGCCUUUCAAAAGUCCCAGAGUGUUUACUUAUGGCCAGCCUCACUCAUUAAUCUGCAAUUAAAUUUAGUUGAUUAACUACAGCAAUUAAUUAAUUGAAGUUUUUUGGUCUUAAUAUUUAAUACUUCUCAUUUUAGCAGUCAUUCAUGUAUAGUAGUAUUGGAUUGGAUUUUAUCCUCUUUACAGUAAUAUGAAGGUAAAUAGUAGUUUACUGUGGUGUUAAUGCAGCAUUUAAAAGUGCUAUGUUAUUAUUUUCUGAUUGGGAAUUUUUAUGCUUAAACUUGUUGAAAUGGCAGAUCAAUUUUGAAAUAAAAUUUGUCCCGUAAAUUAUGUCAACAAAAAGUUAGAAGCAUGUCAAUUUAACAGUCUAUAUGUUCAGUAGAGAUAUAUGGCAUGUUCUCUGGAACUGUGCCAUUAAUCCUUUUACAGCCAUUUGUCGCAAUGAAGAGAAAUUACUAGCAAAAUAAGUGAUCAUAUGUUAAGGGGUAUGACUUUGCUUCAUUUGUACGCUUUUUUUAGUUUGCAAAUGCAGCUGGCAAUCUUGCAAAUAUUUAAGCCAGUCUUUUUAUUAAAAUUGAAAGAAUGUGGCAACAGUCAGCAAUUUUGAGCCUCUUGGCCAGAGUCCAACCAGCUACUUGUUUGGCCACACUUAGUUCCACAUCGCUGACUUUAGAAGGCAGAAGUGGCCCAGUUCUGUGCUGACCUAUUGGUCAUGACCACUCCUACUUCAUUCGGAGGGCUUUAUAUCCUAAUCUUCUUGCACACAUAAUGGAGGUCUGAAGCAAUAAAUAAAGAUUUAAAGUACAGAAACUUGCUGGCUGUUCAGAUGACUGAUCUAUAAUAGGUGUAAAUGAAUUAAUGCAAUACAUUCAGUUGAAAAAGAUAUUGUUUCUUAAGAAUUCACAUGUGCAAAGGAGGGAAAUAGCUGUUAAAUCUAAACCAUGGAUGGCAAGUGUAUUUUAUGUCCAAAUAACAUGCUUUUUCUUUUAAAAGAAUACAGAAAAUGCUUCCAGAAUGGUUGAUUAUAUUAACAGAAUGUCAGUGCGUUUGAAAUAAAUAGAUGUAAUAGACUCAUGUGAUAUAUAAUCUUUGAAUAUAUGUUUUCCUUCAUUGUUGAGGACUUUUUCUUAUUAUAAUGCAUUUCCCUGGAAUAAAAUGUGCAUAGUAUGAAUCAUUUGAGACUCAUCAUAUACAGAGCAUCAUGUCUGCCUCCCUUUUGUUAAACUUGGAAAAAUGCUUUUAAACUUUUUUUGCAUGUCCUGCAGUACAGAAGUGUGAAGCAGUAGCAAGCAGGCUAAUCACAUGCGUCUAUGAUAGUAGCAGUAACCUUAGCAUUAACUUUUGAUUAAUGUAAACCAGCUAGUAUUUGUAUUUUGAUUCUAAGAAAUGCAGUUGCAGGACUCGUGUUUGUGUUUACUAGUUUUCUGGCCAGGCUGUAGACAUUAAAAUACACAAGUCAAACUGAAAUUAAAUCUCAAGCUGAUGAAGAGAAAAGCUACAGCUGCUGAUACUUGUUUUUGGAAUUCUGCAUAAAACUUUUGAAGGUAUAUGAUCCUUAAAGGGUUUUUAAAAAAAAUAAUUAAGACUUUUAACAUCUUUUCUUUGUACACACUUUCUGUGUAAUCCUUUAAGUUCAAAGAUUAAACAUGCAAUGAGUGCAUUUAAAUAUAGUUUUGAUAUAGCACUGUGGGAAAUGUUCCUCUGACAUUAGAACUCUCCUCUGUACAGUAAUAAGCAUCCUUAAAUGCAUCCAUUUUAUUUGACUUCAAAGAGCAUAGUGCCACUGUAGAUGGGGAGAACUGUAACAGUCUCAAGUGGCUUAUGUGUAGUUUCUUUAAAAUGCUAGUGGAUUAUCUGCCUCAUGUGUAAGAUUCUUUGAUAGCUAUUGGAUGGUGAAGAAGCCAUGAACUACCCAAAUAUACCAUGAAAUUAGAUUCUUAGACCCUUCCUUGUUACUUUCUAUACCAAAAAAAGAAAUAGUAUAGAGUAUAUUAGCAAAUACAUCCAUAAAUUAUAGAACAUCGUGUCAGCAAUCCAGACACACUAUUUCAAUGUGACAAGUUAUACCAUAUACUUUGUUUAGAAUGAAAAACUAUUUGGUGAAAAAAAUUAUUCCAUUUGUCUUGGGCUUUUUUUACAUUGUAUUACUUAUAAAAAUCAUCUUGACUGAUGCUGUUAUAAAAAGAAUUUAUUAGAAACUAAUCUUUUACAAAUAUUGAAAAUAAGAUAACUCCAACUUUCAAUGAUAAAAGUCAGAAUAAAGAGGUAGGUGGUUUGUGUUAGGUGACACUGUGCCCUUCCUGUCUAAUUUGAUUACACAGAUCCACCAAAGCCUCAGGCAAAGCUGAUUUUAGUUAUAAUCAGCUUCUUAACCUUUUGAGAACUAACAUAAACAGUACCUACCAGUGGUUAAUUAUGUUACUCAGUUAUGUACAGCAAAGUGCAAAAGUAAAAACACAGAACAAAAGUAAUGUAUGUUGUAGCAAAAUAGAGUAAGAUUCAACACUUUAGCAGAGUAUAAUACUUUUCUUUCUAUCUACACUUACAAUUUCACUGACCAGAGAGAUGAAAUUCAUAUUUGUGCAGCAAAUUCAAGAGGGAAGAUUCAGAAUCUGAUCAAGUUAUGUCAGUGAUCAAAAGUGAAUUUUUGCUGCAUUAUAAAUAUUUGAAUAUUACAAAUGAUAAAAAUAUCCACAACACCCACAUGAUCUGUCUUCAGAAGAGUCAUGAGCAACACAACUUUUUUUUUUAUACAAACUGUUUUCUUAUCUUGACUCAUUGAUAAAAGAUUUGUCCCAAAGUUCUGCAGGUAGAAUGUUACAGGCUUAAGCUCCCUCACUCUCUCCACCACCACCUUUUUUAAGGAAGGCUUUCUCUGAUGAUGAAGAGUUGUUGCCAGUCAGAGUGGACCAUUCUUGGUAGGGUAUCUCAUCUGACUUAGUCUGAGACAGUUUUAUACCGCUGAAGACAUUCCAUAGGGCUUGGUAUACAGAAGUUCCCAAGUUCAAUCCCCCAUACCUCCAUUUAAAGGAGAUCUCGGGUUGUAGGGCUGGUAAAUAACUGUGUCUGAGACCUUGGGAUACAGCAAAUGUGGGCCAGUGUAGACAAUAUCCAGCAUUGUAAGUUCACGUGUUCAAAUCACUUUUAGUCACUAUACCCAUGUCCCAAAAAUGUCUUUAUUUGCAUUUUCUCAUCUCACAUUAGUGAGUUGUGAUGACAUACCUAGAGGAGGCUUAAGUAUAUCUACAGAUCUCUUGAUCAGGUGAAUUCAAGAUUCAUAGUUUUAAUAUUUUGAACAU